AUGGCGAUUAUUGAAGUAGCCAGCGUUACCAUGCAAGAGGAGAGUGAGAUUUGUGGUACAGCAACAAAUAGCAUCCAAGAAAUUUUUGAUUCAAACAGUAGUAGCCAUUUGAUCCAAAAUAAGCGCCAAAAGCAAGAUACUGAUGUUGCCAGCACAAGAUUCAAAGGAGUAGUCGCCCAACGAAAUGGACAUUGGGGAGCGCAGAUAUAUGCCCAUGAUCGCAUUUGGUUAGGAACUUUCAAAUCUGAGAUCGAUGCAGCAAUGGCAUAUGACAGUGCUGCCAUCAAACUCCGUGGUGGAGACUCGUACAGAAACUUUCCAUGGACAAGCAUCACCAAGGAGGAGCCAAAAUUUCAGAGCCAAUUCAGCACACAAGCAGUUCUGAACAUGAUCAAGGAUGGUUCCUAUCCAACCAAGUUUGUUGAGUAUUUGAGGGCACAAUCCUUCGUGCAAAGUUUUGCGACAGUGCCUAGCAACGAAGGAUUCCUGUGCAAGAAACUGUUCCACAAGGAGCUCACUCCUAGUGAUGUCGGAAAACUUAACCGACUUGUCAUUCCAAAGAAAUACGCAUUAAUGUACUUCCCUCGUCUAAAUUGUGAUGUACAGGAGACUGAUCAGGACAUUGCUGGUGAAGAUGAUGCCGAAUUGGUUUUCUUUGACACGUCAAUGAGGUCUUGGAAAUUUCGAUACUGUUAUUGGAAGAGUAGCCAGAGCUUUGUCUUCACCCGAGGGUGGAAUAAAUUUGUCAGGGACAAAGGAUUGAGGGCAAAAGACCUGGUUAUUUUCUCACAGUGUGAGUUCAGAGAUGGAUCAGAUGAGCUUCAAUCUGUGCUCAUGAUUGAUGGUGGAUUUCAUGAGAGUUUUGAUGGUGCCUUGAUGACAAAUUCAUCUAAGGGAGAGAAUAAUCUUCCAGAGAUGGAACAAAAUGGUUCGGUAAAGGGGGGACUAAAGCUAUUUGGUGUGCAAAUCAUCUGA